UAAAAAUAUAAUGGGUAAAAAAAUCAUGUGUAAAAAACAUUAUAUGAAAAUAAGGAGAUUCGGUAUAAAACGUUUUGUGGUUACUCUUAGCAAGCACCACCUGUUAUUGUUUUAAGCUAAUCUUUAACAACUAGAAAGGUCACAAGCACAAGAAUUUGACAUUUACAAAAAUUCGUCUUUUAGAUUAAAGCUUGGGGUACUAACUUCAAAGUGUUAUGGUCAGGGGACAGUAUGAGAAAAUAUUUUUUAUAUCAAAGCAACUAAAUUUCCUAAAACUUAAAAGCUUUUUACAAAAUUCAUUAAAAGCAAGAUUAUUAUUGUUUUUCCAUUUAUGUCUAACCUAUUCUUAACCUAUUGUACAUAGGACAAUUACCUAACUCUAAAACCUAUUCUUACUUGUAACAAACUAAUGAAUACUUUGUUUUUAAUUACAUUGGAUCUGAAUAGGGGGAAUUCAACCAAAGUGAAGCUCUUAUUAUUUUAUUACUGUUCCAAUUUUUUGUUGUUCCAAUUUUAUUGAGUCACAAAACAACAUAGGAAAAUUACAAAGAAUAACAAGCAAAUAACAGGAAAGAAUGAAUAAUAAGUAAAUAACAAGAAAGACUGAUUUUUCCAAGAAGCGAUUUUUAUUCUUGCACUGUUGUGCAAAGCCUUCAUUUUGUUAUUGUAGCCAUUGUUGUCGGGUUAGCAGGUGAGCCUCAUUAUUUUUAGAACUUGCCCUCGGAACUGUGCCGCUGGCUAAGCCCUUUUCCCUAUUUCGAAACCUGCCCUCGGAACUGUGCCGGCGGGUAGGCUUUUUUUCCUCGGUUAGGAACCCUGCCUUCGGAACUGUGUGGUCAGGCUAGUUCCCUUCCUCGGCCUCCUGCAUCUCCUCGGCUCUCCGCAAAGAAUGAAGCUGGACCUAAGACUUAAGGUACAGAUAGCCGGAUAAAAUAUUCAAGAAAGACAAGAUUGGAGCUGGAAAGGAAAGGUCCUACAAGGAGAUAAACUGUAGAUCAAAGACAUAAAAAUACAAAUUGGCAUGGCAAGUACGAGGAACCAGCAGCUGGUUGUUUCAUAUCAGAGAGUGGAGAUGGAGUGUUGGAAGAUGAUGAGGUUAGAGAAGUAAGCAAUGAUGAGAAUGUGAGGUUUGUGUGAUUUGUGAUUGAUUUCAUUUGAAAUCUGUCUUGUAGGACAGUGGUUUUUAAAGUUGCCUCCAUAUGUGAUCACUUGUGAGAUAUAGUGUAAAUAUAUUGUGAAACAUUUUAUUUGCAUACUAAAUUACUUAAGUUUGAAACUAUAAUCAUCUUUGUAAAAAAGUAUGGGUUCAAGAUAAUUCCAUAUUCAGAAAUGCCCUUUUGAAGACAGUGUAAUAGCAAACGGACUCAUCUAUUUUCUAUGUAUACUCCUUAGUAUAUGGCAUUUCCAUCUGUUUCAUUACAUAAUUUGCAUCUUUAUGAUGUGCAUCAAAUUCUUUUCUUGUAACUUUUAGAAAAAAAUUUUCUUUGCCCAGAAACUUCCUCUUGUCCUUAACUUGAUUGGAUCCAAUGCAUUUUUAAAAUUGAACUAAGUCUCAAAAUUGAACUAAGUCUCAAAAUUGAACUAAGUCUCAAAAUGUAUCACUGAGAAGCACCCCUGACAUGGGUUAUGGUCUUUGCUCUGUGUUUGCCUAGUACCUUUGGGACAGACUAUCAUGUUGUAGUUUUUAUUUGCUUGAAUGAGUUCUAUAUUUUAUUGUGAGUUGCCAUAGAGAAGAACUUGUCUACCUUGACUGUGGAUCAUCAGUGACUCAUAGUAUAUUCAAUAAAUGUUGAAUGAAUGAUUAAUUAAUAACGUAUUGGCAGGAUAAUAAACCUCUUAAAGUACCCCUAUCAGAAACCCCUUGAAAAUUGGAAGAGUUUAAAUUUUAAACAAUGUAUACUUUUAUUCACUACUACAGAGGAACCAGAAGGAAUAAAAUGGUCAAGACAAACUUGACAGUCAUUUCUGAUUUUAUUUUUCUUGGAUUUUCUCACUACCCCAACGCUGAGGUUAUCAUAUUUGUGCUAUGCCUGCUGAUGUACCUGACCACCGUGCUGGGUAAUAUUAUCCUGAUCUCCGUUAGUGUCCUGGAUUCGCGCCUACACACACCCAUGUACUUCUUCCUCAGCAACCUCUCCUUUCUGGACAUCUGGUACACUUCUUCUGCCCUCACUCCAAUGCUGGCAAACUUCGUUGCAGGGAAAAACACCAUCUCAUUCUCAGGAUGUGCCGCUCAGAUGUACUUCUCUCUUGCCAUGGGCUCCACGGAGUGUGUGCUCCUGUCCCUGAUGGCGUAUGACCGCUAUGUGGCCAUCUGCAACCCCCUGAGAUACCCCAUCAUCAUGAACAAGAGGGUCUGUGUGCAGAUUGCAGCUGGCUCCUGGGUGACAGGCUGCUUCACUGCCCUGGUGGAAACGGUGUCUGUAUUGCAGCUGUCUCUCUGUGGAAAUAGCAUCAUCAAUCAUUUCACUUGUGAGAUUCUGGCUGUCCUGAAACUGGUUUGUGGGGACACGUCCAAGGUGGAGUUCAUCAUGCUGGUGAUCAGUGUACUUCUUCUUCCUAUGCCGAUGCUCCUUGUUUGUAUCUCAUAUGGGUUCAUCGUCUCCAGCAUCGUAAGAAUCAGCUCAGUGGAUGGUCGAAGCAAAGCCUUUUCAACAUGUGCAGCCCACUUGACUGUGGUGGUUUUGUUCUAUGGGACAGCUCUCUCCAUGUACCUGAAGCCCUCUGCUGUAGAUUCUCAGGAAAUAGACAAAUUUAUGGCUUUGGUAUAUGGUGGGUUAACCCCCAUGUUGAAUCCUAUCAUUUAUAGUUUACGGAACAAAGAGGUAAAAGUGGCUGUGAAUAAAUUGCUGGCCAGAAACUCUCUUUGUGCUCUUUUUAUCUCUAUUAGCAAUUAAUAUCUCUAAACAUUAAGAGAUGUUUUGUGGUCAGUAUACAUCUGAAGAUUGGGAUAAUGGGAGUAGCCAAUCAUUUUAAAUGUGAUGUGUGAAUCUCUAAGUCUCUUCCUUGGCCAGUCACUGAAAGUCUAAGAUAAUAUUG